ACAAUUUUAUUUUCUUGAUCUUUUUUCCCUGUCUAAGCUCUUUAUAAUUUAAUAUCACAUAAUUAAUUUAAUUUAAUAUUAAACAAUCGAUAAAAGAAUCAAAUUUGUGAUUUAAAUUAUUUAUUAUGCUAAAAUAAAAAGUUGAAUGAAUUUUAGAUUUCGAUCGAAGAAACCAGUUGUUGCACAUCGAAUAUCGAACUUUACGACAGUUGACUGUUGAUCACGGAACAUGGUUGAUCGUUACGCUAUAUCUUUUGUUUCACUAUAUUUAUUGACCGUGUUAUUUUGCUAUGUGUUUUUUUUUUUUUUUAAUAUUUAAAUUGUGUAAAUCUUUUGCAUUAUAUCUGUUAACGAGAAUAUGUUUAUGAAUAUUUCGAGUCACGUAACCGCACUUUUUCAUUGUGAUUUUCGCGGUUGUGCUUGAUGUCCUGCGUCAUUCUUUGCGUUUGAUUGUUUGAUCGAUAGCUUUGAAAUUUUAUUUUGAUAUGUUUAUUUUAUUGGUAUUCUUAAUCUUUAUUGAUAAAAUUUCGCAAUGUAUGAAACAAAUAAAAAUCACUUAGAGCAAAGUUUAGUAGAUAUAACGGCUAGAAUAAAAUUUCAAACUGUAAUAAUUUUUAAAUUUAAAUAUUGUUAUUACAUAUAUAAUGCAAUUGUGCAUUGCCAUAAUGAAAAAGAGUUCCUUUUUCUAAAUUUUCCCAGAGCCAGAAUGCUGGAAACAGAGGAAAGAGGAUACUUUCAUUGGGCAGAUUGGCUGGUGUUCGCGUUGAUGCUCGCCGUAUCUGCUGCCGCAGGAUUAUGGCAUUACAAGGGAGCACAGAAGUCGAGCACGGAAGAUUAUCUCUUAGGAGGAAAGAGCAUGACCCUUUUACCCGUCUCCGCUUCUCUCGUUGCCAGUUUCAUAUCUGGUGUGACGAUUCUUGGAACACCCGCGGAGAUAUAUAAUUUUGGAACUCAAUAUUGGAUCACCAUUAUUUCCAUACUUUUUUCCGGUCUCGUCGUGGCCCUUAUUUACGCCCCAGUUUUCGUUGCAUUGGGAUUAAAUUCCGUUUAUGAGUACUUGGAAAUAAGAUUCAAUCGCGGCGUAAGGAUUCUUAUAUCGUUGAUCUUUAUAAUUGACGUGGUCCUUUACCAAUCGAUCGUGGUCUACGUUCCAGCAUUAGCGCUAAAUCAAGUGAGCGGUAUCGAUGUACAUUUGAUCGGGAUCAUUGUAUGUCUCAUAUGCAUGUUCUACACUGUUUUGGGUGGUAUCAAAGCGGUAGUUUGGACAGACGCGCUUCAGGUUGGAAUCAUGGUCGCUGGUGUUCUCACUGUUAGUAUAUUGGGUACUUAUCAAAUUGGCGCUGCUGAGAUAUGGAAGAGAUCUUUGGAUGCUAAUAGAAUUGAAUUUUUGAAUUUUGAUCCAUCUCCUUAUACAAGACAUACAGUAUGGACCGUGUUAAUUGGUUCAUGGCUCUAUAGUACCGCUUAUAUAUCCGUGAAUCAAACUAUGGUUCAACGAUACAGAUCAUUGAAAGAUUUGAAAACGUCCAAACUAUCAUUAGCGAUAUUUACAAUCAGUAUUAUGUUGUUCAUAUCAUUAUGCUGUUGGUGUGGCCUGGUUCUUGUAGCCUGGUGGUCUCCACCUAAAUGCGAUCCUAGAGCUUCCGGUCUGAUUACUGCCGAUGACCAAUUAUUGCCCGCUUACGUAAUGGAAAUUGCAAAACAUUUACAUGGAGUGCCAGGUCUUUUUAUUGCUGCAAUUUUCGGAGCAGCUCUCAGUACUCUUUCUGUAGGUUUUAAUUCGACGUCAGUGGUUGUUUUAGAAGACUUCGUAAAAGGAUGCUUCGGUAUGAAACCAAGCGACCGAUGCUCCUUUAUUUUUGUAAAAUGUUUGGUUGUUUUGCUUGGUUGUAUAGCUAUAGGAUUGUUAUUUUUAGUAGAAAAAUUAGGAGGUGUUUUAGUUAUAACUGGAAGUUUAGCAGCAAUAGCUGCAGGCACUUCUUUUGGAGUGUUUACAUUAGGUAUGUUCUUUCCAUGGGUAAAUUCUAAGGGUGCAUUCAUGGGUGCUAUCGUAGGAUUCGUAAUCGCCGGCUGGGCGAGUUUAGGUGCAAAUUGGUCCAUCGGUGCUGGUCUUUUGGUUCCUAAGAAACUUUCAGUGGUUUUUUCUCAUUGCCAAGGCAAUAUUUCUGAAAGUUUCUUGAAGCAAUUUGAUCGUCCAAAUGAAGAUGAUGUAUUUCCUCUUUAUCGAUUGUCAUAUCACUGGUUCACUGGCUUAGGCACAUUAAUUGUCAUCAUCGUAGGUAAUUUCAUUAGUUGGUGGACUGGUCCUACGGAUGUUUCUUCUAUCGAUAAAAAAUUGCUUUCACCAAUAAUUCAUUCAUGGCUUCCGAAACCAAAAAAUGAAUAUGUUAUUAAUGCCGAAAAUACUGGCAGAAAUAAUGAAUUGGCAACGACAGCAAGUCUUUUAUUAUAUGAUUUGAAAAAGAAAAGGAGAAAUCAACACUUUCCUAAUAGCGUUAUAAUAUAAUGCAAAUUUUUAUGAUUUAUUUAUAAUUUGCAAAGAGUGAAAUUAAAGUUCUGUUAUGUCUCUGCAAAUGCCGUUUUGAAUAGUUCAAAUUUUAUAUUGAAAGUAAAAUUUUCGAAUAUUUGUGAAAUUUUACUUCUUCUUUGAUCAUCUUCUAGUACUUAAAUUUAAAAUAUUAUAGAUAACUUCUUUUAGUCUCUUCAAUUGUCUGCUGAUUCAAGUAAAGCGAAGUUUAUUGUUAUAUAUGUGUACAUAUAUUAAUAUGCAAUUACUAGAAAUACGUAUGAAUUAUUUUAUAUAUAUUUUUAAAAAAAUAUACAUAAAAUAAAUUUUUAUAUUAUAUUUUAA